UAUUUGUCUGUUUGUCUAUUUGACGACGAACAUCGUGGUAUACAGAGUAGUUGACAACAAGAGCCGACAGCCUGCCGCACUGUACUCCGUACCCUAUAUUUUGGAGUAACUCUAGUCUAGUCGCCGUGCUACGACGCCUCAGGUACAUGCUCUCAAGUCUAGGACUCGCUCUUUGUGCUGAGUGCAAGAUGCCUUCUAUCUCAAGCUCCCCGCCGCGGGCCGACGUCAUCGCCCGGUCCAGUUUCCUCGCACUCAGGUCAGCACCGGGUCCUUGGAAGAAACACAAACGUCAGAACAACGCGGUCAAGACAUUUUUUUUAACCGCAAAUAAACACCAAACAGGCCCCUGAGUCUACGACAACAUCAUGGACCAACGGCCUUCAAUAGAUACUGGUCAUGAUCACAAGCAGGAGAACGAUCCUCCCAAGCAAUUCGAGGUUCUAUUCCCCCGCCGAACGUGCAGCCACCGCCGCAAAGCCUCCCUUGUUAUGGCCGAUGAGCCUCGAAUCGACCACACGGACGAGGCAACAGCAUGCUUCGUCCACUCCCUGAUCGCUGGCGAGGGCCCAAUGCCGGCCAAAAUUGCGAAUUUCCGAAUUUCCAAGGACAGGUCGAAGCUCGAGGCGGAUAUCGUCGGUAAAUCGGCUGCCGGAGCUCACGAUGUCGCCAUCGAAGAGGAAGACGAGGAUGAGGAUGACGAGAACCAGAAGCCGGAUGCGCAUGGACGCGCCAAGUCGCCGUCGCCAGACGAGGUCCAGUCGCGACAUCUGACGAAAAAGCAGCUUUCUGAUAUGGCGUGGAAUGUGCGCAACCUGUCUAAGAAACUCGAUAGCAUCCGGCUCAAGCUCAACGUCAAGUCGAUAUUCCUGGUUACCAAGGCGGGCGAUGAAUCGGUAGUCGAUGCUACGCGCCAGGUCGCGCGCUGGCUACUCUCUAAAGACCGCGGAACGCAGUACGUCGUCUACAUUGAGAACAAGCUGCGCAUUGACCCAGAGUUCGACUACGAGAGCCUAGUGAAGGAGGACUCGUCCGUGGGAGAGCGGCUCAAGUUCUGGGAUGCAAAGCUAGCCUCAGAGCAAGCGCAUCUAUUUGAUCUCGUCAUCGCUCUCGGAGGCGACGGGACGGUCCUCUAUACGAGCUGGUUGUUCCAGCAUAUAGUGCCGCCUGUUCUGUCCUUCUCGCUAGGCUCAUUAGGCUUUCUAACGAAGUUCGAUUUCAAUGAUUAUCAGAAUAUUCUCUCAUCUGCGAUCCAGGACGGUGUACUCGUUAGUCUACGCUUGCGCUUCGAGUGCACAAUCAUGCGGAGUAAUCCGCACGACAAGGAAACGCCGGCUACGAAGAAACACCGUGACCUGGUCGAUGAAUUGAUAGGCGAUGAGACGGAGGGGACGUUAACACAUCGGCCUGACGGCGUCGUGCAUAUCCUAAAUGAUAUCGUCGUUGAUAGAGGGCCGAAUCCAACCAUGUCCUCGAUCGAACUCUUCGGCGGCGACGAGCACUUCACAACUCUGCAAGCCGACGGUGUCUGCAUCUCCACUCCAACCGGCUCAACAGCCUACAACAUGGCCGCUGGCGGCUCCCUCACACACCCCGACAACCCGGUAAUCCUAAUCACGGCAAUCUGCGCACAUACGCUGUCCUUCAGACCGAUUAUUCUGCCCGAUACGGUUGUGCUGCGAGUGGGUGUACCAUAUGAUGCGCGCACAAGCUCGUGGGCGAGCUUCGACGGGAGGCAGAGGGUUGAAUUACUGCCCGGUGAUUAUGUAACUGUUUCAGCAUCAAGGUACCCGUUUGCGAAUGUGUUGCCGCAUGGGGGGAAGGGGGAUGAUUGGAUGAGGAGUCUUUCGAAGACGCUCAAUUGGAACACGAGGCAGAGGCAGAAGGCUAUGACAUAAUGAUCAUGAUAAUAUAUGGUAUGGGUUGGUUCUAGGUCUUAAAAUAGAUAGAAUGGGCUAGCAAUUUUGGAUUGACGCUGAUUACCGGCUGCGAGCCUAAUAUGUCUACCACAGCGGGUGUCUUUUUUUCUCUUUCCUUUCUCUUU